AUGAGUUGUACAAGACCAGAUAUAGCUUAUGCAGUAAGCAAACUAAGUAGAUACACGAGUAAUCCGAGUAAUAAUCAUUGGAAAGCCAUUGUACGAUUACUUAGGUAUUUAAGAAAUACUCAUGAUUAUGGUCUACACUACACGAGACAUUCUGCUGUUAUCGAAGGGUACACUGAUGCUGAUUGGAUUUCAGAUAUGAAAGACUCUAAGUCAACAAGUGGAUAUGUAUUUAUACUUGGAGGUGCAGCUAUAUCUUGGAAAUCUUCUAAACAAACUAUUAUUGCUAAAUCCACGAUGGAAUCUGAAUUUAUAGCUCUUGGAAAAUGUGGUGAAGAAGCUGAAUGGCUACGUCUAUUCUUAGAAGAUAUUCCAAUAUGUUACGCCGAUGUUAUUGAUGUUGUCAUCGUUGAAUCAUGUUGA